GUAAACAAGAAGUGGAGGAGAGGACAGUGGAUAAUUCACGCCUCCAAGCACGCUUGUUUUACAAAUAGCGUUAAAAUAAGCUGCUGAAAGUGAAGCUGUAGCUCGUUACGUUGUGGCUAGUUGUGUUUUCUGCUGUUUUUCUCUUAAUUUUGACAGUAAUGAGCAGCUCUUGUACUAGUCUGGCUCCUGCUCGCAGCUUCGGCUCAGUCUGCAGCCCUCCGCUCUCUUCUACUUUAGCGGAGAUGUUCAACAUGCUAGAGUCGGCUGCAGAGAAAUUGAUGGUCCAUAAAGAUUUCCAGGCAGCCUUUGACACAUGCGACAGAGGCCUGGAGAGUCUCGCCAGCAUGGAGCAAGAGGACAACAACAGGUGUGCAGAGUUAAAGGCCGGCUUCUGCAUCUUAGGGAUUCAAGCUCUGGCUGAGCUGAAUCAGUGGCAUGGUGUCCUCUCCUGGGUCCUUCAGCAUUAUGAGCACCAUGAGAAAAUACCAGCUAAAAUAAUGCAGAUGUGCAUACUUCUUUACUCCAAGGUGAGCGAGCCAGCUGUGAUGCAGGAGGCGGCCAGAGUUUGGUUACAUUGCCUGUCCAACAGUAGAGUAGCGGGGUUUGGGACCGUUGCGGAGCUGUACCUGCUGCAUGUCCUCGUGCCUCUUGGACACACAGAAGAGGCACGGGAGCUGAUCACCGGUGAGGUUGGAAGCGAUGCGUUCACAGAAGACCAGAAGCAGAUGGCGAUGGAUGUUGUAGAAGAAAAACAGCAACAGAAUAAAGAAAAUCCUCCUUGCAACCCAAACUCUGAAACUGUUGCUCAAACUGUUUCAACAAAAGGAAGUGUAAUCCAUAAACUGGAAGGCAUGCUCAGGCUUCUCUACAGAAGACUGUUGGUGCCCGGUUCCGGCUCCUUCUCUCUGCGGAGAGUCUUUCUGGCUGCCAUCCUUCUCUACAUGCUUCUUGUCCGAAUGGAUCCAGCUCUUCCGUCUUCAUUCAUGUGGAUUUCCAAACUUCUUCAACUGCUCAAACAGAUGUGGAGUGCCAUGUUUGCGCCAUAUUAUCAGACCCUCACUCAAAGAAAACAUGGUUUAGUCCCUUUUUACCUACGAAAAGCAUCAGUCAUAUUAACAACUUUUGUUACUCCAAAUAUGGACAAUCCCAGUAAUCUCUGAGUCAGAAACCACUGAGAUCAAAAAUCAAUAUUACAUGAGUGUCCUGGUCAAGAUAACAGCAGCACACAGAACAUAAAACAUGUUUACUAAAUGUAUGAUAAAAUGUGAAAGGAAUAAUUAAGGAUCAACAAACUAGAUGUGAUGAAAUGGUUAAUGUAAUACAUACUGUGUGUGUGUGUGUGUAUAUAUAUAAAUAAAUAUUUAAUACUAAUAUAGUCUACAAAUUUUAUUUUUUAAGGUUUGUAAGAGUUAUUCAGACUCCUGUACAACUGGAAAAUAGAUUCAAAUAAAGGGAAACAAUUUUUUUAA